GCAGCGGCGCGGCUCCCACGGGGAGGCGGAGCCCCGGAUACCUGGUGCGCCUCAGAGCCGGAGCGGCGGGCUCCGGGCACAGGCUGUUUGUGCCCCUACAGCGGCCGUCAGUGGGCGCGGGGGCGUCCCCAGGGCAGACCCAGUGGCCAGGUCUGUCCCCUGCUGCAGAGAGGGGCUGCCAGGGCCGCGCUGCCGAGGGGCUCCGGCACCUGUUGGCCCGGGAAGGUGCCGGGGCGCCCGGAGCCAGCGAGACGGGAGUAGCCGGCUGGGACGCGCGUGCUCCGGGGCGGAGAAGGCGCUUUCUGCUCUUCUGGUGGCAGGGUCCCGGCUAGCUCUGGCCGCGGCUCUCACCAGGCGACGUGCCACGCUCCCCGUGCACCCGGACCGCGAGCGCGGGGUGGGCUGGGUGUGAAGGUGGCUGGCACAGGAUGCCUGGAGCCCAAGUUGUCCGGCAGGAUUAGCUGCGUCUCCCUUUGGGGCCAGCGCGCUCCGGCUAUCGGCGCCUCUCACUUAGCUGGUUAGCAGGUCGAUCUCUCUCUAGUCUCCAAGGCCGCCAGCUGGCUGAGAUUUCGGAGCGGGGUAACAGGGGCACGUGGAUAGUAGCUUAAGCAGCACCCAGCAUCUCCGAGCAGGGAAUUUACACAUGGUCUGCAGCAUCCCCAUCAUGUUCGGGGUUUGAGUUCAUUUUUGUUAGCAGGGAGAGACUCUUUCCCUCGCCAGUCUAAAUGUGGGGAUUUAAAGGAAGAUUUUAUUCUAGAGUCGUUUUGGCUACAAAUCUUUCCCCCAGAAUUAAACUAUUUACUCUUUUCGAGGUCUUUUUUUUUACUCCAUACUUUUCAACGUUUGUGCUCUUUGUUUUUUUUUGUUUUUUUUGUCCAAGGAAAAGUACUAGUCUGGCUCCACGCCUUAGCACAAUGUAGUGUUUGAGUUGCUCGCUGCAGGAGGAUACUGGGUUAGCUUUUAAAAACUUCAGUAGCUCUUUCAGUCAGGGGGAAAAAUCCAAUCGUAUUUUGUGGAUUAUGACUGUCUUUUAAAUUACCUACAUUUGGGGUUCAAACUGUCUGACUGGCAUUUUAAAUGCUUCUGCUGCAGAAUUAAACAAAUCUAUCUUUUAUAUGUAAAAUGUGUCUUUGGUAAACUAAAAAAAAGAAAAAAAGAGUCGUAUUAACCAAGCUACAUGCGCUCCCAUUCCAUUUUUCAUCUGUGGAUUGUUUGUGUAAUUGAUUUUCUUCAAGAAUCAGUGCAUCCAUUUCCUUUUCAUACAGGUAUAACCCUGAGUUGUUGUACAUGAUCACAUUCCCAUUAUUAACGGUCCUAGGUUUCUGUGGAGUAGAGAAUGACCUAUAUUUAAUGAAUCAGGCAAAUUUUGUGGUUACUGGUAAGAUGUGUGAACAUCUGUUCUGCCUGUUUCACUUGUGACCAAUUUUAUAUCUGAAACGGAGUCUUCUCUACAGGCUAGUGCACCAAGCAGCUCCGCUGCUCUUCUACCUGCUUUCCUUUCAGUAUGGGUUCUAAUGAGAAUCUUUUUUCAGUAAGAGCUGAUGAUAGCAGGGUAAAGACCUCUUAUUUUCUUGAAGUCAAAGAAACCCUCUGCCUCCCUUUUCAGUAUGUGUAAAGGAGACAUGUCUUCCUAAUACUGGGAGCAGCCUGAAUGAUUACAGUGAGAGGGAAAGCAUCUUUGAAGAGGUUUCACUGUUGGAAUGCCUCAGAUUAAUACAGCUACAGUUCUGCAGAUUUGUGUGCUGCUAUCUGCACUUCCUGCACAGUAUUUCAUAUCCCAGUGGUAUGGAACAGACUCUGAUCAGCGCCUCCAAGUGACACAAAGGAUAAUUGGCUAUUGGAACAGAUUAAUAAAGUCCUACUUGAGUCUGGAUGCAUGGACAGACCAUCUAAAGCUGUGGAUAUCAAAGACAAGGAACUGGUACUAUGGAGAAAAGAGAACUCAAGGUGUUGAAGAUGAAGAAGAAAUCCAUGCUUAUUUUGCAGAAUCAACUCACAUUCACAGUCCAAAGCCAGAAUCUGUUCAGUUUAAUGUGGGACAGGUGAUAAUACACAGAAGAUUUGGCUAUUCAGGAGUCAUUGUUGGCUGGGACGUAAAAGCUAGAGCUCCAGAAGAAUGGCUGCAGCACAAAUAUCCUCCAGAGAAACAGGGUCUAAGAGAUACUCCUCACUACCGAAUUCUUAUUAACCAAGCCAACAGCUUCAGCAAGUCUACAGCUUAUAUUCCUGAGGAGGACAUAACAAUUAUUAUGGGAUUAGAGAUACACAAUCCUGAUCUGACAGCUUACUUCAGUAGAUAUGAUGGAUCUAAAUACAUUAUGCAACCGUGGUUGAGAAAAAUCUACCCUCAUGACUGAAGUAUUUAACAUUGUAUGUAAAUUGUGCAUGUGAUCUCCAACUGCACAGUACAUUUCUUUUUUAAACUGGGACAAAUGGAAACCAGGGUAAAACUGAUUUGUAAAUUAUUUUAUUAAAGAAAUAAAAUUGAACUUCUGUAUGAAACA